GACGGACUACAGUCUGCAAUUGCAGAACUACAAAGUGCACCCAUGUGGCAGCUAGUGAGCCGAUAUGUGUGUGUGUGUGUGUGUGUGUGUGUAUUUGAACGUGAGACCUUACUAUAACUGACAACUGUCAUUUACCCACUUAACAGUACUGCAGUGAGGAAGAGGUGGCUACACAGCCACAAUGAGGUGGUCCUGCAAUGAGUAUAAAUGCCUGGAGUGGUCUCACUCUCACUUACUGACAGGAUGAACGCACUUCACCAGGUACUGCUUGCUGCAGUUUUCAGCGUGCUGGCAUUUGGUGCCACAUAUGGAGAGGAAAUCAUUCAUGGUAGGAAAGCCAAGAAGAACUCCCUGCAGUACAUGGCAUCAGUGCAGGUCAACAGGAAGCACAAAUGUGGAGGAUUCCUCAUACACGCCUGCUACGUACUCACUGCUGCCCACUGUGAUCACGGGGGGAGCAUGAGCGUGGUCCUCGGGGCUCACAACAUCUCCAGAAAAAAUCUGAUUCGAUAUGAAGUAAAGAAAAUGCACAAACAUCCAUCAUUCAAAGAUCUCAAGACUGGAAAUGACAUCAUGCUUCUGAAGCUUUCCAGAGCAGUUAAACAGAGUAAAUCUGUGAAGACUGUGAAGAUCCCAAACAAGGACAAACCACUGAAGCCAAACACCAAGUGCCAGGUCGCAGGGUGGGGAAAAACUGAAAAACAAAACUCAGUGAACGACCUGCUGGUGACCGAUGUGUCAACUGUAAGUUUAAAACACUGCAGGAAGGAGUGGGCUAAAGCAGACCAGACUAAACUCCCACCCAACGUGCUGUGUGCAGGUGGCUAUGGGACCAAAAGUGGUGCAUGCCAGGGUGAUUCUGGGGGGCCUUUGGUGUGCGGUGGGACAGCAGUGGGCAUCGUCUCCUUCAAUUUGAAUGGAAAUUGUGACUAUCCAAAUGUGCCCAAUGUCUACACUAAGAUUUCAAAGUUCACAACCUGGAUUAAGAAAAUAAUCAAGAAAGGUGCUUAA